CACGAGCGGAAAGUUGGAGAGAAAUGGUGUAUUCCGGUGGAGUACGCUCCGUCGUUCAAGCUGCUGCGUUGUGUGCGCUUGCGCUGAGUGUGUUGCCUUCGGUUCAAGCGAAAAAUGUCGUUUCGAAGCAGUGUAUCGCCUCGGACGGCGACAAGAGCUAUGGAGUCUACGCCAUCAAAGACGAAUCGUGUGCUAAGAACGGCGGUCUCGGAUGCUUCGGCAAAGUCUGCCGCUUCUGCAAGGUGCUGGACACCCCAAAGUCGUCGCACCUGAAUACAUGUCUAUCUUAUGGCGUCGCGUUCACGAGUACGACGCCGGUGGUCGUGACUCAGGGCCUCUGUGAGGUGUCGAGUGGUGACGUCACGGCUGGAAUCUCGGCGGUGACGGACUCGGGCUGUCUGAAUGGAGGACUCGGAUGCUUCAACGAUCAUUGCCGAUACUGUAAGAUGGCGGAAACGCCCCAGUCGGCCGGGUUCAUGGCAUGUUCGAGUCUUGACAGCUCGUACAGCGCCCCGGUUACCGUCCCGUUGGCGCCGGCUACCGCAGCUCCAAUAAAUCCCGACACUGUCGCGCCUGUCACUGAAGCUCCAACCACCCAAGCGCCUAUUGCAGUGGAGCCCGUCACCGAGGCACCUACCAUAAUUUUGGAUAUUCCUACGGCCGCGCCGACAACGACGGAACCAACUACCCCCACUCCGGAUGCUACCAUCGAGACACCUGCCUCAACAACGGAGAUCCCAAUUGCUUUUACGGAGAUCCCGACAGAAGUGCCGAUCGCUACCACGGCAACACCGACUACGGAUUCCCCCGCUGUCUCCACCGACGAGCCGACAUUGACCACCGACGCUCCGAUCGUCUCAACGGACGGGUCAACAUCGACUACUGGUGCUCCGUUUGACGGAUCAACGUCAGCUACGGAUUACCCGGUAGUCUCGACCGACGGGUCGACAUUGACUACUGAUGCUCCGGUAGUGUCAACCGAGGUGCCAGUCUCGACCACCGAGGCUCCUGUUGUGACCGAGGCUCCCACAGCUAGCGGUACGUGCACACUUAUGGCUUCAGCUGAGGACGCUGGAUUUGGCAUUAGCGUGGUCACAGAUCCGUCGUGCAGCUCUGGUGGUGUUGGUUGCAUUGAUGAAAUCUGCCGGUUCUGCAAGGUUACCACCUCGCUGCAGUCAGCACCUUACGUCGACUGUGCUUCCCUCAAUGGUGGAUCGUCGUCGUCUGUCACUCCUUUGGUAGACGCUACCGACGCGCCGACCGAAGUACCUACUGAGACGCCUAGCACCACGACCGAAGCUCCACCCGCUACGGCGGACGCUACCAACUCUCCGUCUGAAAUCCCGUCUGAGACGCCAAGCGCUACGACCGAGACUCCAGUGACUACCGCCGAUACACCCGAUGCAACGUCUGAGGCGCCGACCGAGGCACCUCUCGCAACGACUGAGACUCCAGUGACUACCGCCGAUACACCCGAUGCAACGUCUGAGGCGCCGACCGAUACUCCGAGUGCAACGACCGGAAUGCCUACUUCAGAUACACCCAGCGCGACGACUGAGGCUCCUGUGACUGAGCCCCCUGCUGUCACUGACACCCCUGUCGCUACUACCAAGACUCCUGGUAUCUCAACAAACGCUCCAGCCGUCACUCAAGAAACGUGUGGCAUCACUGCAGCAGCCGGAGACAUCGCUGUCGGUAUUUACAUCACAACGGAUGCUUCGUGCAACACUGGAGGUAUCGGCUGCAUCAACGACUUGUGUCGGUUCUGCAAAGUACUGAACACGGCUCAGUCCGCAGCGUUUGUGGAUUGCUCGUCCAUUGCUGGUUUUACAUCGGACACGUCAGCUCCCACGGCGGUCGCAACCACUGCACCGGGCUCCACUACGUCGGCCACAUGCGACCUUGCUGCAUCGAGUGGCGACGCAGCAGUUGGCAUCCGCAUUAUCACAGACUUGUCAUGCAGCGCUGGCGGCGUCGGCUGCAUCAACGAUGUGUGCCGCUUCUGCAAAGCGAUCACCUCGGUUCAAUCUGAAGCGUUUAUCGACUGUGUCGCGGUCAACGGCUACACGCCUGAAACAGAGGCUCCAGCCACCACUGCCCCUGUCGUGUCUUCCUCUUCAGAUACCUGCACCCAAGUUGCGUCCGACGGCGACCUAGCUGUCGGCGUCGACAUUGUCACCGACGCUACCUGCAUCACUGGAGGUGCCGGAUGUAUCGAUAGCGUGUGCCGCUUUUGCCAGUUUACUAGCACGCCUCAGUCGGUUGGGUUUGUUAGCUGUGCAUCGGUCUCGGCCUACAUUCCUCGAACGGCAGCCCCAGUCGACGUUCCAACCUCGACGCCGUCUGUGCCGAACACGAAUACGCCAGCCACUCAGGCUGACUGCAGUCUAGUAGUGUCGGCCGGUGACGCGGCUGUCGGCAUCAGUAUCACUGGUGACGCAACUUGUGCCGCCGGCGGUGUUGGUUGUAUCGACAGCGUGUGCCGCUUCUGCAAGGUUGCGACCACCGUGCAGUCCGCUGCCUUCAUUGAGUGCGCGUCCAUUGCCGGCUUCUCACUUGUCUCCACCGUGCCGACCGACACAAUGACUCCUCCAACCGCCCCGGCCACCGAUAACCCUGCUACAUCGACUCCUGUGGGUAUCUGCAGUCUUGUCGUUUCGGAGGGCGAUGCUGCUGUUGGCGUCGACAUCACCGCUGACUCGACGUGCCAGUUCGGUGGUAUCGGAUGCAUUGAUAGCACAUGCCGAUUCUGCAAGGUGAAGACGACGAACCAGUCGGCCGCCUUUGUUGAUUGCCCAGCAGGCACAGUCGCGGCCACAAGCACUCCUACUCCACAGGCUAGCACGACGGGCAAUUCAGUAACUUCAUCCAGCUCUGGAAUGGAUAACGAUACGGAUGCUCCUACCGAAGCUCCCUUGGUGGACACGGGGGCGAGUUCUACUUCGGACGCUGACGAUACGACCACCCCCAUACCAACCGAAGCUCCUGCGACGGAUGUUGAUACUUCGGACUUGCUAACGGAGGCUCCUGUGGCUGCCACAGAGUCCCCUGUGUCGACGAUCGAUAUCGACGACAGUGGAGACUGGGACGGAUCUGACGAAGGUUCGGAUGAGGAUUCAGAUUCGAUCUACUUCGACUCGGAGGACUCCUUGAACGAUAUUUAA